AUGCACGACUUUCGUGAAGAAGGCCGGCGACUGCUGGAGUUUCAGAGACUUCAUCCCCACAGCUCUUUCCGCGACUGCGAUGUUGUCUUCUGCCAUCCGCGAACGGGUGCUGUCGUAUUCGUCGGGAGCUACGUCGCUGCCAAAGAUGCAGCGUUCUUGCAGGAGUACCAGAUCCGGCACAUUGUGAAUUGCCAGGAGCCAUCUUCUGAGAACUAUUUCGAGGGGGAGACCGGCUUCGAAUAUUUCCGCUUUAAUGUGGCGAACUGGAAGCGGCAGCCGGACACAGAGACCUCCGAAGGCGCGCGGCGCUUCGUCUCCGCAGUGCUCGGCUUCUUGGAUGCUGCUCUCGACGACGGGAACAACGUACUGGUGCACUGCUACGCUGGAGCGCAUCGUGCUGGCACCACGGCAGUGGCGUACCUCAUGCACGCGCAUGGCAUCAGCUUCGCGCAGGCACUGCGCCGAGCCCAGCAGCGGAGACCUGUGAUCAAUCCGAUCGGUCGACUCAGUGAACUGCUGACGUUGCUGGAGCUUCGGUUUGCCCUGUGUGAUGCAGUGAUUCAAGAGGUUCAGGUUGCGUACGGAAAUUGGGGAGUUGCUUACCAGCUGUCCUUGCGAUAA